AUGAUUUCUGUAUCAAAUAUCACUCAUUACAACAAUACAGAAACACAAUACACCAACUGUAAAAUUACAACUGAUAAAUUGGUUGCUGAUGCACAGGCAACCAUCACUCGAGUUGUAAUGAAUGGAUGUGAUAAUGAACUGAUAUACAAACGAAUUGAUAAUCUAGAAAAUUCUUUGAUCAAUCAUUUGAAUGAAAUUAAAACAUUAAUUCAACAGCUAAUUGAUACCAACAAUCAAGUGGAUUAUUUUUAUGUUGAAAAAAAUUUAAAUCAUGAAAAUGUAUACAUCCAAUCACCAAGACAAAGUGAAAUUGAUGAAUUUAAUGAUACUGUUAGUGAAAUUCCUGAAUCGAAUGAGAAAAUUUAUACUUAUUAUUGGAAAGUGGAUAAUAUAAAACAAAAAUUUCUUGUAUGGAAAACUGGUGUUUUUGAACGAAGUAAUACUUUCUACAUUAAAAACAGCGGGUUUGCGAUGUUUAUUAAAUUUACUCCAAAAUAUUUUCCUGAUGGAACAGUUUUUAUUAGCGUAGGUUUGACGAAAGGUUGCUUCGAUGAUCAAUUAAAUUGGCCUUUCCACCAUACACUUCAAAUUCAGAUUCUAGAUCAUUCUCCAAAGUCAUCAAGACAAGAUCGAAAAUCUAGAUCCUGGGACCCAUCAACAGUCUGUCCCUCAUACUUUUGGGAACGUCCUCAGGUGGAUGACAAUCCUGAAUGCGUCGGCACAAGCAUCCCACGAUUCAUUAUCACAAAUAAAUAUCUUUGGAAAGAUAGUUUAUAUAUAAAACUAAUUGUCUAUUUAUAAAUAGACAAAAAAUGAUAAGUAAAAAAUUAUCUUUUGUCAAAUCAAAAUUAAAUAAAAUAGUUUACCAACUAAUUUAUAUCAACUAUUAAAUGCACACAAAGUGUUGGUACGUUAAAAAU